ACAAACACAGAAGACGAACGCUAGCACUAAACUAGCACGGUGGCUUCUUUAAAAUAAUAAUAAUAAAGCGGAAUGGAGAAAUAACGUUAUCUGUGGCUGUUAGAUUAGUAAGUCGGGUCGUGGUGGUGGAGAUGCGGCGUCGGUCAAAAUUAAGUGAAACGAGCGGUCUUCGGGGAGCAGUAACGUUGGCUUCAACAGGAUAACCAUCAGCUUGUUAAAGAAGCGGUUUGAAGCAGCUACGCUCGCACGCCAGGCUGCUGUUUAAACAAUUACCAUGAACAGUAUGAAAGUGAAGAAAACCAAGGCACUCAGAGGGUUAUCUGGAGGCCAGAAGAACAUCACAUCCUUCUUUUCCUCUCAGAACCUAAAGGACUUGCCAUCUUCCAAAAAAGAAUCUGCUAUUGGUACUGUCCUGCUCAAGACUGAGGCUCACAUCAAAGAUUGUGAAAGCUCUCCAUUCAAACUCCAUUCCCCAUUAAAGAGGAGUGUUCUUGGGGACCUUGAAAACCUCCUUCCAUCCUCACCAGAUCUUCUCCUCUCUGUGCCUGAGACACCCAACAGCCAGAUCAGACAUACCUGCUCGCCUUCCUUUAAGGAGGACCCCAGCAGAGCAGAGGUGUGCCUGGCAAAGCUCGGCCAGCUGUCUCCUAUCUGUCGCAGUCCCCGGUCUAAAUGGCCAAAUGUACGGAGCGUAAUGACUAAGGAUGGAGGAAUACCCCAGAGAGAAGAUAGAUGGUCUGCCUCCACGAAAAGACUCUUCAGCCCUCCUGAAGAGUCACACAAUGCCAAGAGACCAAGAACUGCCAGUCCAUCGACAACAGAUGCAGUAAUCAGCCCCAAAAGUAGAAGUCUAAAAUUAACACACACUAUGACUGAGCCAGAGAAGACACCCACCUUGUCCACUGACCGUUCAGCAGGUCAUUCUGAUAAAUUGGUGGGUCACAGUGGCUGCACUGAAGUGGUCUUACAUGAUAGCAGAAGCACAAUAAAGUCUGUGUCUUCCCUCUCUUUGGGGCAACAGAGGAAACCUCAGGACGAUCACGAUGAGAAAGAUCCUGGUUUUACUUUGAUAAUGGAGCAGAAAGCAGAUGAGGUCAAAACCAACAAGAACCUGCACACUAGUCUGGAUAAGGAUGCUCUAAAUCCUCAUGUCCAUGAAACCAGCACUCCAGCUGUCACACCUGCACUACAGGGAGGUUCAGAGGAGAGAGUGUUUCACCCAGACGAAAAAGAGACCACAAGAACCCCAAAGACGGUUGGAGAUAGAGACCAAGAAACACUAGAUCAGGAACAAGCUGGAGGUACAGGAGCAGCACCCGCAUGUCUCACAGAAGAGAGUCUGGAUUGGAGCUUGUUUGCAGAGGAGAUGGAGCAUAAUGAAGGUCUAAAGAUGGAGGAUAAAUCCAAAAAAUCCCGUAAGGUACCAGACCAUGUAAUCCUCUGUGGAGGCCUGAACAACCGCUACUGGGUCAUGGACGUUGAGGAGAGACCUGGUCACAAAACGCUGACCAUCUCCUGCUCCAAGUUUCUACAUCCAGCUGAGACGUGUCUGCUCAAAGAUGGCUGGGAGAUGACACCUGUUCGUCCUGGUGAUGUGGUGCAUCUGGAGGGGCGUUCUGUUAGUGGAUCCUGGUUGGUGGACAGGGAGCAGGGCUUCCUGGUUUUACUACCUGAUAGCCUCAUCUCAGGUACCAGCAUCUCAAGCGCCAUCCGCUGCAUGAGGCGUGCAGUGCUGGGAGAUAUGUUCAAGAGUUUUGAUGGUGGCAGCAAGCAAAUGCUGAAUGGCACCAUGGUCCAUGAAGUCUUUCAGAGAGCAGCUACAGCUAAAGAUUUUUCUUUGGAGAAGCUGUCUAAGCUCGCUGAUGAGGCCCUGCACAGUCCUCGGUACCUGGGAGAUAUGUACAGUUUGGGUGUAACUCAGGAAGAGAUGAAGCAGGAGCUACAUGAUUAUCUCCCCUCACUGGAACACUGGUCAAAGGAAUACCUCAACUCUCCAACGCCUAAAGCCAUCAGCCUUAAAAUCAGUGGCGGAGCUCCAAGUAGGUGUCAGGACUUGGGAGCUGUUGCCACCGUUACAGAGCUGGCAGAUAUAGAGGAGAACGUUUGGUCCCCGAGAUUUGGCCUGAAAGGAAAAAUCGAUGUGACAGCUCGGGUUCAAAUUCAGCGGCCGCGAAACGGCUUCCACAGAAUUCCAGAAGAAAAGACCAUCCCCUUGGAGCUGAAAACUGGCAGGGAGUCAAACUCGAUAGAGCAUCGCAGUCAGGUGAUUCUGUACACUCUGAUGACCUUGGAGAGAUACAAUCCUGAAGCUGGCUUGCUACUUUACCUCAAGACUGGCAACAUGCACCCUAUAGCAGCCAGCCACAUGGACCGCAGAGAACUGCUGAAACUAAGGAACACUUUGGUCCAUCACAUUCACAACUGUGUGGAGAAAGAGGCAGAGCAGAGCUGCCUCUCCAGGCUGCCAGACAUACUGACCAACAGACAGACCUGCCAGUAUUGUCCUCAGAGGAGAAACUGUGCUUUAUAUGAGAGGGCAGUAGUUUGCAGCUCUGCAGAUGUCACUGAGGAUGUUAUACGUGAAUUUAUACAGCAAGAGACUGGCCACCUGGCAUUGCCUCAUCUGAAAUAUUUUUCCCACUGGCUGUUGCUCUGCUGCUUGGAGUCUGUCACCAUGGAGGCCAAGAAUGGUAGAAAGCGUGUGUGGCUUCAGACGGUUGAGGAAAGUGAGAAGAAUGGGAGCUGUGUAGGGAACCUGCAGCUCGGUGGACCAGUGAUUGCUCAAUCUGAAGGUGUCUUCCUGCAUUGUUUCCACCGCAGUAAUGUUGCUUUGCAGCAACGUUUUACCACCAGCAGUCUGGCCAGCGGGGAUCGCAUUGUUGUUAGCGACCUGGAGGGUCGCCUUGUUGGCUUGGCAACAGGGUACCUGCGUGAGGUCAGCGGGACUGUAAUCAGCUGCACUCUGGACAGGGAUCUGUCAAAGUUCAGGGACGUGAUGUUUCGACUGGAUGGGGAUGAAGGUGUGGUAGGCUUCAGCACCCACCUCACCAAUCUCUCCAGACUGAUGGAAAACUCCCAGGACAGUGGUCGUCUGAGGGAGCUGAUCAUCGACCUUCGUUCUCCGGAGUUCAUCUCUAACCUCAGCUCUGUUUUACCCAGAGGCGCUAAGGACACUGUGGCCGACAUCCUCAAAGGUCUCAACAAACCCCAGAAACAGGCCAUGAAAAAGGUGUUGUUAUCUAAAGACUACACACUGGUAGUUGGCAUGCCUGGCACAGGCAAAACCACAACCAUCUGCACUCUGGUUCGUAUACUGCAUGCAUGCGGUUUUAGUGUGUUGCUGACCAGCUACACCCACUCUGCUGUUGAUAACAUCCUCUUGAAGCUCAAACGUUUCCGAGUUGGCUUUCUGCGUCUGGGGCAGGGACAGAAGGUUCAUCCAGACAUUCUGCCAUACACAGAAGAAAGUGUCAGGAAGAAGGGAGUUCACACUCUGUCAGACCUGGAGCAGCUUUAUAACAAAGAACUGGUAGUGGCAACUACUUGCAUGGGCAUCAAGCAUCCUAUUUUCACUCGGCGCCGGUUUGAUUUCUGCAUUGUGGAUGAGGCGUCACAGAUCAGCCAGCCUAUCUGCCUGGGACCUCUGUUCUACGCCAAGAGAUUCGUCCUAGUUGGAGACCAUCAGCAACUGCCUCCAAUAGUACAAAACCGGGAAGCCAGGUCUCUCGGGAUGGAUGAAAGUUUAUUUAAGAGACUAGAGCUGCAUAGUGAAGCAGUGGUCCAACUCAACGUACAGUACCGGAUGAACAGGCAGAUCAUGUCUCUCAGUAACUCACUGAUGUAUGACGGCCGGCUGGAGUGUGGCUCAGAGAGGACAGCCACAGCCCUGCUCACCCUGCCCUUCCUGCACUCUGUCCAGUCAGAGUUGAGUUCCUACUCUCAGACUCAUCCCCAGCAUGACCUGAUGUGGAUACAGGCCACACUGUUGCCAAGCAAUCCUGUUUCCUUCCUGGACUGCUCAAUGGUGCCCGCGCUAGAAUCAGUGGAGCAAGGAGGAAUAAGCAAUCACACCGAAGCUGCCCUCAUACACACUCUGCUUUCACUUCUGAUAAAAGCAGGGUGUAAGCCCAGUGACAUUGGUGUUAUCGCACCCUACAGGCAGCAGUUAAAGACUAUUUCGGCUCUGCUGCAGUCGUCUGCAUUCACCGGUGUGGAGGUGAACACAGUGGACAGAUACCAAGGACGGGACAAAAGUCUGAUCGUUCUUUCUUUUGUCAGAAGCACAGUAGAGGAAGGAAAUUUAGGAGAGCUAUUAAAGGACUGGCGUCGCCUGAAUGUUGCCAUUACGCGGGCCAAACACAAGCUGCUGAUGGUCGGCUCGGCCACAACGCUACGACGCUACACACCAGUGGAGAAACUUCUCAACCACCUCCAGCAAGAGAACAUGAUUCUCCAGCUCCCACCAGCUGCCCACAAUGCCUUACCCAGCAUGCACCUGUGAGAGAAGCCUAAGAGGCCGUGAAGGUUUUUCAGCUAACUUGAAAUUUCCCAAUCUCAGCUAACGAACACUGUCAUGCUACUCCAAGUGCUGAUGUUUAUGUUCCUAUUUGUGAAAUUCUGAAUCUUUUCUUGUAUAUUUUUGUAGAUCAAUAGAUGGCCAGCUGCUGAGUUAGUGCUGACCAGUUUUUAAUGCAACAUACUUGAAGCACUCCGGUUUUAAAGUAUCCGUUAAUGCUAGUGCCAUGAACCAAGGUGCUGAGACAGGGACCAGCUGAAAUGGGUGCGCGCACAACUGUACUGCAUCCAUAAGUUGGUCUUGAAGUUUAAAUGUAUUCAGCUGAC